AUGUUCGCGGACGCAGCCUCCGUCGAAGCUUCCACCUUGGCCAACGUCACUGCGGUUGCGGAACUGUACGAUCCACGUCUCAGCGCUGAAAGCGGAUGCGAUCCCUCUGGGUGUGUCGCCGAGUUAACCAGAGAUGGAGAUGCGACAUCCCUUGAAUCCCGAUGGGCCUGCAAGCCCGCCCUUGGCGAUGCCGGCUCGGAGUGUAGGAUCACAUACGGCCUCGGCAUCCAGUACCAGCUGUCCAGUUUGAACAUCGCGAUGUACAAGGGUGACGAGCGGACGAGGACCCUCGAAAUCAGCAUCGACAACCUCCCGUACACUACUUGGACCAGCUCGGGCACGACCACCGGCUUCGAAACCAUUGAACUCGACACUAUGGGACGAUGGAUCUCUAUUGUCGGUGUUCUGGCGGAUUCGGAGUGGCUCAGCAUCAUGGAGGUGAAAAUUAUGAUCGACGAUGGCGAGACAGGCUCGGAUGAUGACAACACCACGACCAACGCAUCUGGCGUAGAAGCGAGUACUCUAGGUUCAGUGACGGCUGGGGCUUCCUUCUACGAUCCCCGCCUGGCCGUCGAUGGCGGAUGCGACCCGAGCGGAUGUGUGGUUGACAACACGAGGGAUGGGGACCUAUCGACAGCGUCUCGCUGGAGCUGCGCCCCUACGCUCGGUGGCGAAUGUACUAUUUCGUACGACCUCGGGACCGCGUAUGACCUCGACGAACUCCGUCUAGCCAUGUUCAAAGGCACUGAGAGGCAGGUGUCAAUGAAGGUGAGGGUUGACGAUGCGCUUGUUACUACCUGGACCAGUUCGGGCACGACGGAUGGCUUCGAGGCCAUCGAUUUGUCGGGCACAUGGGGCCAGGUGUUGGAGAUCACUGGCGUCCUGGACGACUCGGAGUGGCUCAGCAUCAUCGAGGCGGAAAUCAUGGUGCUGGAAGACGGUGCCAGCCCUAUGCCGACAACUCCUAGCCCAUCGCCCGCAACGCCCAGCCCUGCAACGGCUCAACCCGUCACGUCUACCACCGGAACUCUGCAGCCUGUGGGUCUUAUCCCCUUGGCCAGUACUGGCGGAACCAGCCUCGAGAGGUACCACGUCAAGGACGGAGACAUGUCGACUUCCUGGACCUGCUCCGGCAACCCUCAAGAGACCGCCGACACGUCCUACGACUGUAUCCUCCAAUUCAGCAUGUUCUGCCACCGGAACAUCAAGCAGGUCAAAAUCGCUCUGCCCGAUGGUGCCGAACGUGCGGUGGACAUGAGGAUUGCCGCCCCGUAUAGCUCGAAUAGCGCCAGCUUCGAGGAAAUUUUCGUUACGAGUUCGGGGACCACGGACGGCUUCGAAACGUACGACUUUGACCACUUCACGAAUUACGUGUCCAUCGCCGGAGUGUUCACAAGCAGCGGCCAGUCUAUCAGCAUCUCGGAGGUGGAGUUUGUCGAAGAGAUCCAGGACGGCGAGGUGUCCGUCGUUGACUUCGAAACGCCGUACUAUGGUGACGCCCUGUGGCCCGGCGCCACGACGGAUGCCUUCGUGUGGGCUUCCGAGUCCGACGCAGCCAUCGACGAGAAGCUAUCGUUCGUCCUCAAAUCCUACGCCGUUAUGGAAGCGGUCGAGCUGCAGUUUCCCAUUGGAGAGACCUACAAGUUCGAGUUGACGCUCUACGAUGACGAAGACGAGAUCGUGUCCACCUUUACCGGGUUCGAAAGCGUGGAUUCCGAAGGAUGGCAGCGCUUCGAACUUGGCACGAUCGACGAUCCUGUGACCGAGAUCGCCAUCGUCAUGAAGGGGACGGGCUCGGAGGCGCCGGGUUUCAAGCUCGCGAAUGCCCGCUUCUUCGGCACCGCAAUCGACAACCCCAGCGACACCUUCUACGUGGGCUCCACGUACGUCACCGAGUGGAACAGCGAUAGGUACCCGGACUUCGUGGCAGAGGGUACCGGAGACCAAAAGGCCAUCAUGGGCGCUAUCUGCGCGGUGAAGAAGGCUUCUUUCGACGGCGUGGACUGUGUCGGCGGUGAUGACGCUGCCACGGGCGAGGUGAGCAUGCCCAUGGGCGAGUGGUUCGUGGACGGCAACAUCUUCAUGAAGUCGGGAGUCCACCUCCACGCCUGGUUUUCCAUAGACGACUCCCCGUACACGACCGACAUCAUCCUUGAAGACGGAGCGGCAGGAAAGACGGACACCGCCGCCAUGAUCGUCAUGGACAACAUAUCUAACGCACGGCUUUCAAACACGUGGAUUAUCGGCAACUACGACAGCGAGACUAGCAACGACACGCCCACCGUGCAUGGCCUGGGGUCUGUUGGCCUCUCCAUCACGGGCUCCACGAACAUCACGUGCAUAGACGCCAGCGUUUAUUCCAGCGACGGUGACGCCCUCGUCGUGCGCGACUCCCAAAUGAUCAACAUCGAUUCUGGGCCCUACGAUGAUGAUUACCUCCCUUGGACUAUCGGCCAAAGCCGUGGCACUGGGAUUGUGGUCGACUCGUCGGACUCUGUGUGGGUUCGCCGCUACACCACAUACGACAAUGGCGUAGCCGGUAUCCACGUUUCGGGUUCCAACAAUUUUACCUUCGAGGCCACAAUCGCGGACAAAUGCUGGGGUGAAGACUGUGUGCUCGAGGGCGAGGGCAACGUUGGAAGCCUGGACGGGCAGCAGCCUAUCGAAGUCGUCGUCGAGAGCUCCACUCUCGUCAAAUUCCAAGACAUGAAGGUCCAAUCCGUCAACGACCCGGUGAUUGUUGUGUCCGGCAGCUCUGGGGUGUCCUUUGACAACUGCGGCUUCUCCAACGUCGAAACUGGCACAUGCGUCAUUCAGACUGACACCACCAGCGAGGUAACGACGGGUGAUGACCCGGAGCUCAGCCUCGACGGCACAUGCUACGUCAAGGUGUGAGGACGGACGACCAGCAGCGCCGCAGAGGGGAGAUCGACGCUCAUUUCAAGCGGAGCGUCCGAAAGGUUGAUGCUUCCUUGGGGUUUGCUGCGUAUGGGAGGGUCGCGGUGGGCGUUGAACGUACCCUCCGUGUGUUUCAGGGUAAGUGCAAUUAUGCUCAUAUUGUAGUCUAGAAACUCUGGCUAGUGCAACGUUUGUGUGAAGUGAUCGAUGGAUGGUGUUCUCCUGGUAUAGAGUAUGUACAAGUCCAUGGGGAUCGAUGGUAUAGUGUGUGAAUAGAGCCCACGCUACCUUUCAGCUGGUCGGCGUGCUACAACUGUGCCAACAAUUUCCGAACGAGCGUAGUCUUGCUUGUCGCUCUGCGUGUGAUGCACGUCCAUCCCUGGAGUUACACUAGAUGGGGAUGGCCGGACUUGGACAAGGGGUGACUGUUGUUCGUAGUAACGUCACGCAGUCAAAGCCAAGCAGGCACCACAGCGGUACACGUCAGCGAGCUGACGUGUGUUAAGUCGGCUUGGUUUGGGCUGUGUAGGGGGAGGGUAGUGUGGAGGAGUCCUCGCCCUAUCCCCACACGUUCUCGACUUGCGCCGUAGACAAUAGAAAUAUGCAAUGUCGGUGCUUUGGUUGUUGGGAUGGUCGUAUAGCCCAGAAUUGUCUUGGUCGACUCUCGGCGUACGUGGUUCGGUCACGGCGCGAAUAUGCGCCUGCUGAAGCUCUCAUGUCGCUUUGUAGCUCAUGUGAAUGGUCGUAGCGAAUACACGGGCACACGAUGAGUAUUUUUAGGCUCAGCCGUCUCCGGCGAACGUCAACACUGUUCGGACCACUUUCAAGUCCCCUUCGGUUGAAGACAUUUUUUGGCUCCAUCGAAGAACAAUUGUUUUUUCGGGGUCGGUUCUACGAACCCCUUGUGUCGACAACUGAAAACAACGGUAGAUGCUUGCUCUCGUCUCAUAUACGUUAUAGCGACAAUGUCUCAGUGGUGCCCCCACACGUAGUCCUCUCCACCAGCUUGCAAAGGUUCCGUGUGUCGCGUCCCCUAGAUCAAUGAGGCAAGCCUUGAGCACGGGUUUCGAAACUCCUCUGCACAACGUGGACUAGCCGCGGCAAGAAUCUGGGUGUUGGCGUUGGUACCUUGUUACCUCCAUUCCGUUUUCUGCCGUCUCGUCUAGUCCAUGUCUGGAAUGCCCACAACACGUUUGACGGGGUAUGCGUCGCGGCAUGUGGUCAGGCAACUC